CUCUUCCCGCUCUGCUAUGUGCCUUGGUCGGCUCUGUAAAGGGAGUGCUGACUCUUUUUUCCCCUUUGCCCUGUUUCUUUAAUUACAAGUUCUGAAUCCUAGGUAUCCGCCUUGCGGGUCCGGGGGCUCCAAGAUGGACAAAGUCUGUGCGGUUUUUGGAGGUUCCCGGGGGAUCGGCAGGGCUGUAGCCCAGUUAAUGGCCAAGAAGGGUUAUCGCCUGGCGAUCGUCUCCAGAAACCUGGAAGUGGCCAAAGCCGCCGCCGGCGAGCUCGGCGGAAACCACUUGGCCUUUAGCUGUGAUGUUGCAAAGGAGCAGGAUGUUCAAAAUACAUUUGAAGAGAUGGAGAAACGUUUAGGUCCAGUAAAGUUCUUGGUAAACGCAGCUGGUAUAAACAGAGAUAGUCUGUUAGUAAGAACGAAAGCUGAAGACAUGCUGCCACAGCUCCACACUAACCUCCUGGGCUCCAUGCUGACGUGUAAAGCGGCCAUGAGGACCAUGAUUCAGCAGGGUGGGUCCAUUGUCAAUGUAGGAAGUAUUACUGGCUUAAAAGGCAACACCGGUCAGUCCGUGUACAGCGCCAGCAAAGGAGGCCUCAUUGGAUUUUCACGCUCGCUUGCUAAAGAGGUUGCACGGAAGAAAGUCAGAGUGAAUGUGGUUGCGCCAGGAUUUAUUCACACGGAUAUGACAAAACACUUGAAAGAAGAACAUUUAAAGAAGAGCAUUCCUCUUGGGAGGUUUGGAGAAGCUCUUGAAGUGGCACAUGCCGUUGUGUUUCUUUUAGAGUCACCAUACGUCACAGGACAUGUUCUGGUUGUGGACGGAGGAUUACAGCUCACCAUGUAAUUAGAGAUGAUUGUGUUGUAAUGGUGAUUAGGAUCAAGCACACAUUUUCCUAUUAAUUAGGCAAUCAUAUCAUACGGGUGCCAUUUGCUAAUGGAAACAAUUGAUGCCAACAAUGAUUCCAUCUUCGUAUGAACAUGAUUCAAACAAACAACGUGUGACCAGUUGUAAUCUAAAAGGUGUGAAUUCUCUAUUUUAGAGACCAUAGAAAUUU